UAGUUUUGGAAAUUUUCUUGAAUUCCUGUAUUUUCAAGCAGCAACGUCAGUAACGAAAAUAUCUUUUUUUUGGAACUUGUUCCAAGUAUUGCUGACGUCACAGAAAUAGUUUAAAUUCCGGCUGAGUAUAAUCUAUGAAAGUGUUAAAAAGGGAAACGGUCGAUGAGAAAUAUGAUGGAAGAUGAUGUAUGAGAAAGAAUUAUUGAGAUUGCGGGCAGAGAGCAAUAUAGUCGCUGCGCAUUGCAGUCUGCCGUAACCUGCGAACCCGGUUCCUCUAUAAAACUCGGAAUUUUUAUUUCGCCCCAGAUUCGGCUCCACGUCGCCACAUUGGCCGCCAUAUUGCCAGUUGAAAUACGUGAACACGAGGAACACGAGGAACACGAGGAACCAGCGACACAGAGAAACAGGUCGCACUCAUUAGUCUGGUGGCAUAAAGGGGAAUCCGUUGCAUUUCCUCUCGAAUGCCGAGGCUCUGGUCAUUUACAAAUCUUUAAGCGAUGAGUUCAGGAACUAAUUAGUGGGGACGUCGAUAACCCUUCCAGUAGCCAUAGUCGAUCUUAAUAGAUUCUAAUUCAGAGCUCCCAGUCAGAUCGGCCAUCGCGAAACUAAUUCAAUGUGAGAGAAAGGGUGUCGGUCGGCAAUGACCGAAACGGAAAUUGGUAAAAUUCAGUUAAAGCCAAUUCUUGCGCGUUAUCGCCAGCUUUCGUCAGCCCGUGGAAUUCGUGACUUCCGGAGACUUGGUUGUUUCGAUUACGAGAUUCAAUCGUACUUCUCAAUCUAAUAAUCCUCUUUUCGAACGAUAGGAAAGUCAUCGCUAAAUUUCAAUUCCAGUUAAAUUAUCGAAAUUUUGUAAUUUCAUGGGUGACCUUUUUGCUUGGGACUGCUACAGGAAUUGCAGUUGCGCUAACAAGUGGAAUCGCACGGAUUCAAAAAGACAAGGCGUCGCGAGAUGAUCCAAGGCUCUCGCGGUGCAUCGGCAAUUCGCGACGCACCGUCAAGGUUUAGAGCAGCAUGUGAAAAGGCAAUUUCAAAAGUAACCAUUUAACCUGGAAAGAAGUUGAACUUUAUAGGAGCUUCUGGAUAAACUAUCUUGGCGAAUCUUUCCAUAAACCGGUCGGUCGAUUCCUCCACUCCAUCUUUACCCAGCCGCUCUGGAAACUUUAAUUGGAUUUUAAAUCUCGCCGCUCGCCCGAUAACAGAUCGACGGCCAACUCCAUAGUCCGUGCCAUCUUUAAAGAUUGCUAUUAUCUUGCUGACCGGAACUACUUUUUCGAUGUCACCCGGUAAUAGCGAACGUGAGAAACAAGGAGGACAGAGUGGAAGAUUCCCAAAUUCAGGAAUCGGAUUUCCCUUCCUUGAGGGCGCGUCACUGAAGCCUCUUCAAAGUGCCGACGCGUCAUCAAUAUUCCGUUGGCAAUUGGCAAUGUGGUGUUGAAGGUAAAAAAUGCGCCAAAAAUGAAAUUCCACCUGGUCCAUUGUUUUCCUACAUUCGGUUUUCCCCUUCGAAGCAGUUCCGACCUCCUCCUCUGUUCAAAUUUUCAAAUUAUUUUCUCGAAGAACUUGUUUCGUCCAGAAACAGAAAUCUUCUCCUUUUCCUCCUUCUCUCGUGUCCUUCAAUGAUUUUCUACUUGGCUCGCAUUUCCCGAAGAAAACCUCAAGCGGAUCGGCUAGAAGCGAAACUACCCAAUAUAACUGUAAACCGGCCGACUCGUGGCCAUUGUCCUGCUCGUAGCGAUGCUUGUGGAGUGGACCGUCGUAAUACGGCACUGGAGAGUUCCUCGAUGCAGCGCCGCUGACAUAGAGGAAUAGAUUGGAGAUCCGUAUCGGCGGAAUGCGGCUUGCACUCGAAAGGAGAAGGAAGAAGCUGUGUAGUGGCCAGAUCCGCGGGGCGAAUUCGCAAUCAGGCCGACCAUUUCUCUCCGAUGAUCCUAUUCCGAGAAUCGGCCUCCGACUUCUCUCGAAGUCAUUCGAUAUGCCGAAGGACCAACUGACGUUUCCAAGGAACCGAACAAUCUAUCGGAUCUAGGAUAUAGGAAACUGCUGCUUCUGCGAGCGACUAAAAUCUUUCAGGCGGAAAACGUACUUUUGCAAAUCAGGAAGAUAAUUAUUGGUCACAAGGACGAAUCAUCUGAUUCGCAUUGCAGCUGUCGAUAUCUCCUCUUUCAUCGGCGUCCAUCCGUUAUCAUUUAGCUCAAUAGUCACUCUCGACCAUUCCGAAGAUUCUUAUCGCUUGCUUGCAAUCGUGUAUGUCCACGUCUGAAUUUUAUUUUAAUCGAGGGAUGUUUUUAUGGGGUUUUUUUUUUUUUUUUUUAAGUGAUAACAGAGGGGACUCGUCUGAAUUGCUCGCAUUCCUUUAUCUUCUAUACGUUUCUCGUGCGUUGCGGCUUGUACGUCACGGGCCACGGGGUUCUGCAGUCAUCUGGAAUUCGAUUCUACUUGUGCCGAUGAUCGGAUUGCCCCGUAGUUGCGGUGUGACUUGUCAAGUGUCAAAGGUGGAAUUAUUGUGCAGUGUGUCGAGGGAAACGUUUGUUUUGUAGCUGAUAAAUUCACUCGGGUGAGCUCGUUACGCGUUAAUCGAGAUCAUUGGUUGCGAACUGCUUCUCGGGAUUUCAGGGAGGAGAAGCGGUUAUCGAAUUUACGAGGAUAUUAUCGUUAAUAUCAGACCAACGAAACUUAUGAGAAACGCUUCGGAAAGCUUCAACCGAAAAUGAUACUCGCGCUUCUGUCGAGUGGAUUAUUGGCCGCGAGAAUUUGUCUCACGCGAUAAGAAAGAUACGAGUGAAGCAAGAACGUUAGAGGAAGAAAAGGAUGAAAAACUUAAGAAAAUGAAUAACACUAAACGGUUCUAACGGUGUAAUAGGAGGUGCUCAAUAAUUAGUGGACUAUCAGUGCAAUGAAAUCAAAGGUGAAUCGAUGUCAAAUUAGUGAUCGGGCAGCGGAUGCUAUUUUGAAAUAUUUAUAGUAAAUUUAAGUGAUAAGUGAGAGAAGCCUCCAAUUAAUCCCGCUCGUGAAUUCGAGCGCUUCGAUAUUGAAAAUCAAAGGGAAUUCAAUUGUUUACACGGCUUAUAACGGCCUUUUUCUCACCCAACGUCUAGCCAAGAAAAGGGACGCGAGUUCUACAAGUUUUUUCGAGCACAUUUUACGAUAAGCCUCAACUUUUAGUCAAUAUAAUCAUCGCGUCUUGUAAGGUGAAUCAAACGACUGCCCAAUAGGUUAAAAAUUAAAUGUUACGAAUCUAAGGUGCAACAAGAGAAACUCCAACGAAUUUCACUAAAACUACUAAGCCCUAGGAAUUAAUUUAGCGGGUAACGGUUAUCACGGAGCAUUACGAAAUACGAAGAGUUCAGUCUUUAAUCUGGGCAUUUUCAUCAAGAAACAAAAAUCGAGACUCAAACGAUCAAGGACGAUAUCAAAAAGCUGCAGUUCCUUCGAAACUUGGCUUAAGCUGUGUCAAAGGAAGAAUUCAAAGAAAUACUCGUACGUAGAUAUCGAAGGAUCGAUCACACAAGCGAGCUCGGUUGGGGAUCAUACAGGGACGCCCGACAGCAUUCAGUGUCUUGGAUUACAUGCGUCGCGUAUUUUGGGCGUCGAACGAAAACUUCCAGGAAGCUUAGAUCGUGUGUGAUGCACCUUAGCAAAUUUCCCCUGGGUCCCAGGUAACUUGUCACGGUGUGUGGUCUGGGGCGAAUCCUCGGCUACAUCGGCGGAAGACCGUCGGUGGGAGCCACCAUGUCGCAAUCCGGAUCGGGCGGAGCUGCAGUUCAACCCGUUCAUUCUCAGAACGGUCAGAGCCUGAGCAAUCAGGCUCAGAACCAGAGGAGCAUCCAGAACGGCCAGACGGAAUCCGAAGGUCAUGCAGAGUCCAGUCAGAAAGGAUCGAACGUUCCCGAUCUCUCGAACGGAUUUGAAAAUCGAACGAUGGAGUACGAGCGAUACGCGCAGGAGCGUGCUCAGGAGAGGGUCCAGGUCGUUGGGCAAUCCGGGCAAAUUGGACAAAUGGCUCAGAUGUCGCAGCUUCCGAUAGGAUUCGAGGGACAGCAGUACAAUGCCGAUGGAUCGCAGGCGCUUCAGCAGGCUGGACAGUAUUCGGUGAAUCAGGGCCGGAGGCAGUCAGGUGGUCAGCCCGAGGAGAGACAUCCUGUUCCGGGACAGUUGGCACCUUUGCCCGUCGACAGGAUUCAGUAUGUGUCCCAGACAAGUACUCAAACCCUACCCGUGCAGGCUCAACCUCAAUUUGCCUCAGAUUAUCCCGGCGAGCAGACCCAGUACAGUCAGAUUCGGUCGCAGUUCGAGGUCAGAUCGCAGAUGUAUCCUCAAGGCCAGUUUAACGAGAGAGCCGGUUACGUGAGCAGAGAUGUUACCUACAGGGACCAGCAGGGACUCUACAGUCAACCCACUUCGAAUCCUGUCUUCGGUGGGCAGAGUAAGUACGUGACUGUGCAGCCUCAGCCUUCCCAAUCAGCCAGUCCCCAGCCUCCAUAUUACUCGGGAGUUAUGGUUCCUCAGCAAGGAUAUGCCCAGUACGCGACUCAGCCUCAGUACCCGUACAGCCAGUAUUCGCAGGCACUGAUCAACCCAGUGCCCUACAAUCCUCACGCUGGGAUCUAUGCUCAGCAAUUUGGCCAACAGUCGCCCAAUCCCCAGCGAUUCUCGCAGGAUUUAAGUCAGUAUCAGAAUCAACCGAUUAUUCAGCCCAUCGCUCAAAACGUAACGCAAGGAAUGACUCUGCCUAAUGCGGAACGACCCAAUCGCGGUCCGAAACCUAUGGUCCCGCCCAGGGGAAAUUCAAAAAUCACUCAGGAACAAGGCCAAAGAAAAUCCAGCAGUAUGGACGUCUCUUCGAUUCAGAAGCCAGGCGUCCUCUCGAGUGCCGCUGAAAUGCAUCGCAGCGAGGGAGCAAUCGCUAUCGCCGGACAGGUGGCUCCCGAAGGAACGGGAACGGAGCGCCGAUAUCUCGCACCAAUUAAUCAAAAUCCACGAACGCGACAGGACGGACUCUACGUUGACUCCAAUGGCGAUCCUGUCACGCGAGAAAAAUUAACCGACUCCAUGGCGUCCGAUUGCGGGCUCUAUGUAUCCAGAUCGGAACACAGGAAAUCGGCGUCGGUCGACGUGACGUCCAGCUUCCAGCGUAGAAACGACACUAUAACCUUCACCUUCCCGGGGGAUAGUCAGGAGGUGAUGGUGCCGGCUCGGAAGUUGUCGAACGCGGAGACCAAGAGACUGGAGACACCUGGAAUAUUCUCGAGCGAUCAGCGAAGAAUCGAUCCCGGGAUGCGAGUUUCUCCGAUGACUUUCGAAAACAGACAGGAGAACAGGAAGAGCAUCAGCAUGGACCGGAAGGCCGAGUGGGGCAACGUCAGUCCCAAUCAGAGAUCGAUCUCGCAGGACAACAGACGAUCCGAUUACUUCGAAGAGCACCGGAGGUCUCCGUUGACAUUGGAAGGAAAGAGGCUCGAGGACAUCCGACGAUCGCCGAUGCCCUUCGUGCCGAUUCGGGAGACGUCGGCCGAUCGCGCAGCCCAAAAGAGCCCGUCGUUCGUCAAUCAGGCCUUUGAGAAAACUCGGCAGGAACUGGCCAUCUGGGCGGAGCAGAGACAGAGGCAGGAACUGGAGAGAGGCAUGCUUCAGGGUCAAGUGUUCUCCGCCAGUCCAAGGUCUAGGAACCAUUCCGAAGAGCGAAGAGAUCCGAGAAUUCAUCAGCCGGAAGAGAGGAAGGACGUCAGAAUGUCCCAGUCCGCAUUUCAGCCGAUGCCAAAUAUCAGUCAGAGUACGAUAAUGGAACAGCGGCGACAUCUGCGUCACGUGAGCGCGGAUCUAACGAAGCACAUGGAACUGUCCAGGAAGGAUUUCGACGACCAGCCUGUCACCGGGUCCGUCGCUAAUUUGGCUCCUGGCCCCGUGGGAACCGUCUCCUCUCAGAGGGCCAGUCCGAAUCUCUGUCAUCAGUAUGCAGCGUUCAGCGAGGCGAAGCUCGACACCAAGAUUGCUCUCACUGUCGUCACUGACUUUGGCGAGAGUCCCGGUAAGCCGAUCGAGCAGGUCGAUCACAUAAUUCACAGCCACCGGAAGAGUCACAACGCGUCAUCGAGUCUUCUGACUCACAGUAAGAGUCAGGCUGACAAUCUUCAUGGGCAACUAGAGAUACAGGAUGAAAAGAAUGAGAAGGCCGAGGUGCAGCAGGUGCAGAUGCAGAUGCAAAAUCAACAGAGUCUCGACAUCAUUUCCGAAAAGUUGACGCAAUUCGAGAGGCAGCAAAGCGACCUGCAGGCAAAGCUGCAGUGUCUACAGAAUCAAAAUCAAAUCCUGGACAAAGUGGCGCAGUUUCAGCAUCAGCAGAGCGAUCUUCAGGUGCGAAUACAGGCUCUUCAGAGUUCAGGACAGAAUUGCGAAAAGGCUGGGCAGGCUCAAAGGCAACAGACUGAAUUUCCUCAGCAUCACACGAGCGGCGUGGAUAGCGAUGCUCACGCAGGAACUAACAACCAGGAUCAAUCUGUGGAAAAGAUACACCAGAUGCAUCAGAGUCUGCACGCUGUGACGUCACAUCCGUCUGCUCUUCAGAGUCAGGCCCAGCUGACUGCGGAAAAGCUUUCGCCUCGUCCGCAGCAUGACAUCCAGCAUGAUCCUAAUCCCAUUCAGAUCCCUAAUAUGUCUCAAAUGCCGUUGCCGAAUUUGGCACAUUUCGAGCGUGGCGACGCGUCCCGCAGCUCGCUGCCGUAUCGGUUGUGUCCAAGUGAGAUUCUCGAAAGUGCCAGUGUCGUGAACGUAGCGUCGGUGCCGUCGGUGACGUCGGUGCCGUCGGUCCUGCCACCCGGUGCCACCUUCACGACGGGAACCCUGAAGAAGGUGCCGCCCGAGAAGCCGCCGAGGACGUCGCUGAUCGUGCAGUCGCCGGAGGCAGAGAGCAACAGGAGCCAGCCGGCCAUUGGACUGAAACAGACACCGAAAGCGCGGCCAACCAUCUUCGGAACCGUGGCCUCGGACCUCAAUCCCAAGGAUGGCAACAGUCGAAGGAGCUUACCCCAGACGCCCGCCGGCGGCGCAGGAACUAAAAGUCUCGGCGCGGGAGGUGUCUUGACUCUCGGUUCCGCAGCUGGAUUGGUAAACGGGGCCAGUACUGACCAUCAGGAUAUCCGGGAUGCCACAGCCAUAAACACCGAACACGCCUUAGUCUACCGUGACGGUAAUCUGGUGUCAGGAUCUUUGGAGGCCUUGGUGCAGCACAUGGUACCCACCGAAGAGUAUUAUCCGGAUCGCGCAUACCUCUUCGCCUUUUUGCUUAGCGCAAGGCUCUUCAUCAAGCCGCACGAGCUCCUCGGAGAAGUCUGCGCCCUCUGCGAACAUCAGCAAAACCUGAAUGGAGAGGGCGGCAAGGAACGUCUUCACCGGUUUGUACCUCGGUUGGUCCAACUGCUUGCUGAGUGGACAGAAACGUUCCCGUACGACUUCCGGGACGAGAGAGUGAUGGGGCACGUAAGAGCCAUCACUCAGAAAGUGGCUGCCGUAGACGCCGCCGCCAGGCAGGAAGUCUCCGCCCUGUUGCAGAGCUUACUCCUAAGACUGACCGCCCUCGAGAGGUACGAGGAAGGCCUGGCCAGACUGGCGACCGAGGCUGCCGCUGAACAGCUCACUCAGGUGGAUGUCACGGAACUGUGUCCUUCGGCCACCGUUCUCGCUCAGCAACUGACCCACGUUGAACUCGAGAGACUUUCCUACAUCGGACCGGAAGAAUUCGUCCAGGCCUUUGCUAAGGAGUCACCUCAUCUGGAGACCUCCUUCAAGGACAUGAAGAAAACUCGAAACCUCGAGUCCUAUGUGCAGUGGUUCAACAGAUUGAGUUACUUCGUUGCAACGGAAGUCUGCAAGCACGCAAAGAAGAAGCAACGGGUCAGAGUAGUCGAAUACUGGAUAGAAACGGCCCGGGAAUGCUUCAACAUUGGAAAUUUCAACUCUCUGAUGGCGAUCAUUGCAGGCCUCAAUAUGUCGCCGAUUUCGAGACUAAAAAAAACGUGGUCAAAGGUCCAGUCAGCCAAGUUUUCGAUCCUGGAGCAUCAGAUGGAUCCCAGCAGCAACUUCAGCAGCUACCGAAGUACUUUAAAAGCGGCAAUGUGGCGGAGCGCCGGUGCGACGGACGAGCGACAGCGAAUAGUCGUUCCGUUCUUUAGUCUUCUCGUAAAGGACCUCUACUUUCUCAACGAAGGAUGCAGCAACAAACUACCGAACGGGCACAUCAAUUUUGAGAAAUUCUGGCAGCUCGCUAAGCAGGUCACAGAGUUCAUCGCAUGGAAGCAAGUGGCCUGUCCCUUCGAGAAGAAUCCCAGAGUGAUAGCUUUUCUCCAAGCUAGUCCGGUGCUCACGGAAAACGCUCUGGCUUUGGCGUCGUUCGAGUGCGAGCCGCCGGACAACAACCCCGAGAAGGAACGUUACAAGUCUUUAAAGUCCGAAUUGAACGCCCAGUGAAAUCGAGCCUCGAUCAAACGCACGGAACGUGAGAGAUACUAAUAGGUAUACACAAUUACACACAUACAUUAUUCCUAUUGUAAAGGGACAUUCGGCUUAAGCGUACCAGCUGCCAAAUCUGAUUGAUGCGUUUCAGCUGGAUAGUCCUGCCUACUAUAGUACAAUGCGGCAAAAUGUUAUUACGUAUCCAGUUCUAACAGUUAUGCCAAUAUGUCAGUAGAAGUGUAACGAAUGAACUAAUUUCACCGGAGGGUCGAGCUCAUUAACGGAAGAAGAUCAAUGCCAAAGGAGAAAGGAGAAGAAGAGGAGUGAAGAGAAGUCCGAGGAACAAGUAUUACCAGAAGGUAUUAAUCUAGCAUUUGCUCUGAGAUUGCUCGCGAUCGAAAAUACACGAAGAGAUCUCACGCGUUCUUACGAUUAUUUAGACUAGCGAAGCAUAUUCAGAUGUUGGCCCGACGUAACUCGGUUUCUUUAUAUAUCCGCGUCUCGACGCCCGACAUUGUCGGAUCGAAUCGAGGAUGAUUCAAACUGCUGCGAAGUGAGGCAAAGCAGGGCCAACUUUUCGUUGUGCCCUUAUCUGGAAACAAAGGCAGAGAGUGGCGGGGCUGAGAAAAUAAUAGAAAUUUUGCUUAGUUUCGCUACAGUGUGAAUCAACCCUCAAGCAUCGAAAUUCGCCUGAGAGACUAUAAUAAAGUUCAUAUGACAGUAUCGACUACAGCAGUAAGUAUAGUUCCUAAGCCUCACACGAUUUCUCGUUCAUGAAAAUCUUAAGCACAAGCGCUGAACUUAGUCUCGGCCGAUUCAAUGUUCCGAUGGCAAAGUGCACAGAGAGAAACAGAAACACUGGGAAACUAAGAUUACGGGCUCAAAAUGCCAAGAAAAAGUGACAUAGACAUAGAAUCUUUAAGUAAUCGCCAAGUCAUGAAUGGCCGAAGGAACAAAUGAACAAGGACGAUGUUUUGUUCUUUUUUAAUUUCGUCAGGUAGAUAAUUCCCAAGUUGGCACGGACUGAAUUUUUUCACGAGGAUCGCAGGAUUAGGAAUGCCGGCCAUGCGGGGCGUGAGCAUGAGAUAUGUUUACGCGAAUUCCACCUGUAUAUAACACACAAUACAUAGUACAUAGUACCUAGUACCUAGUACCUAGUACCUAGUAUAUAGUACAUAAAAUAUAAUUAAUAGUCCUUUUGAUAUACGCUAACAAACCUAGGUGUGAAUAAUAGAUUCGUUUCUGUAACUUAAGUUAAAGCUGGAGUGUAAGUGGAACAGAUUGACUCAAAUCUGAGCGAACUUGCCCGAAUCCUGAUUUGAAUUUUUAGACGACUGAUGACACAAUGUCAUGUUUUUCUGAUGUGCAGCAACAUUUUUCCCUUGAAACUUUUUAUCACGUCCUAACAGAUGGCGCCAUGCUCCUCAAUGGAGAAAGUAAAAAUAAAACGAAAACAGAGUUCCUUCGUUUCCUCAUUUUAGAGAGACUCUUCGAAGCACUGUCAUCGAUUUGAAAGUAUAGGGACCAAGAGUUUGCUUCCCCGAAAUGUAAAAGGCACGACGACCGUCGACCUGCGACUCCAUUACGUAUCAACAGUGACACGUCUCAUCAUCUCGUCCAUACUGUGUCCCAUAGACAAUUUGACAAUUGGAUAUAUUAAGAGUUGAGCAAUUUGCCGAUUUGCAGUGCGAGUUCUGAAUGUCUGUCUAUUUGUCUAUUUGUCUAUUUGUCUGUUUGCCUGUGCGACUUGAGCAAGAACACGUUUUCAAAUACCAGACGCACGAUUAAUGCACCGAGAGACUUUAGAAUCUAAGUCAAUGAUCGAUCGGGAAUAAGCAAUUCUAAAAUGGAAGUUUAAUCACGAGCAGAAAUCGCAAUUUAGAUGAACAGACAGACGAUCGGACUUCAUAACUGAUGGGUAAGCCCAAGUAAGCAAAAUCAGCCAAAUCAGCCAAACCAGAAUGACUAAUGCUUGCCCUAGUGCAACACAUUAAUCCUGGAACUCAUAAAAGAACUUUUCUGUCCGAACGAAAUUUCACUUCGGUUACCAUCGCGAAUGCUACUCGCGAAAUAGCAAAAUAUCCACGUAGCCAAUUAGCUAAAUUCACCUUGUAAAUAGACUCCUCGUCGGUUAUACCCUCUCUGCAAUUUAAGGCCUGAUAAUGAAAUGGGUUUAUUGCUCGAGCCACUGUCAUCUAAAAUAUAUGGAAGUUGACUAUUACACGCACUCUAAUAUUAUUACAUAACACGCUAUUACAUAAUAGUAUCUACUAAAUGAAAUAUAUCAUACGCAUACACUCAGCGCAUUGUCAAUAUGCAUAGAACGUUAGAAAUUAUCAAAAGCGUAUGGCGGUCCAUUCUUUCUUACUUGCCACUUUUUAUACCGUUCGUUUUUUACACACUUCUUUUUGCACCUCACGUCAAUCCCUUUUUUAAUCUUUUUUCGUAAAGUCAAGCCUCGCAGAAAUAAACUAACCAGUGCGUCAUCAAUUUCGUCAAACGAAAACUUUCUUUUCGAAGGAUACAAUUGCUGUUUGUCAGAGGCAGCACUCGCAACUUAAUGAGCCAUUCGAAGAGUGUGUUGCGUAUGUUACCAUAAAUUAAUGUGGAUGUGACUAAUGUAAGGCGAAAAUACAGGAGAGUAAGGGCGAAAGCGCGCGUCCGUUUGUUUGUGUAUGAAAGCACCAAGGAAAGAGAGAGAGAGAGAGAGAGAGAGAGAGAGAGAGAGAAAGAGAGAGAGGAGAUGCAAGAAUGCGGGUGAGGUUGACUGACGUAGAGGAGAUGACAGCAAACGAAAUCUUAUUGACAGCUGCGCAUAAUUGCUUACCUCUUUUACUCGCUCGAGCGUUUUACGUGAAUUCAUUUACUAACAUCGUUUUAGUCUCUCACAGCUAAGCGUUAUGAUUAUAAUCUGUAAAUAAGAAAGUCGUGUAUAUACAUACAUAUUAUAUCCAAAUGCUUUUUUUAGAUAUAAGGUUAGCCCAUAAUCGAAUUUCGAAUUGUUUACGAGAAACUCGAGGAUAAGUUGUUCCGUUAAAUUGAUCAGUUCCCUGAACAUCGCUUAACAUUUAUUCGAAUUAUAUUUCGUCGAACAAUUGGUAUCCUUGCUUUUAUCUAGUCACUAUAGUCUUUAGUCAGACCUAAGGGAGUGAGUGUCGCGAGAAAUCCAAGUACGUAUUUCAGUUCACGCUGAGAAGAACCUCUCCUAAGGAUUAGCUCUAUCGAAUAACUAGAAUUACUUGAAGAUAAUCCCAAGUCAUUCGAGACAUUCGAAUAAACACUCAAUUCUCUUGCGGAUGGAACGUGCCUGGGUCGUAUUAUACCUAAAUUAAACCUCUAAGUUAGAAUUAAGUUUAAUUUUGUGAUCUGUGUGCGCGCGCGCGCGCGCGUGUGUGUGUGUGUGUGUGUGUGUGUUUAUUUUUGCUCGACAUUCCCUUAAGUGACUUUAUGUGGAAAAAACAUUGAUUUCCCCAAUCAUCUUUAACCGGUCUGAUACGCACAACACAAUCACAGGACUAAUCAAUCGACUGUUCCACCUCUCGAUCCGACGUGACACUUUUAUAAUGCACUAAAUUCAUCUUACACUUAGACUGCUCUGGCGUUUCACACAAAACCUUCCCCGUCGCUGUCCACCGAGCCAGGAAACUUCGACCACUGUAAAUUUUAAUAAAUCCGACUAUAAGACAGAAUGCGCAUUUCAGUUUGUGUCAUGCCUAUUUAUCGCGUCACGUGGCAUUCAUUGUAAUUCGUGACAAUCAGACACUUGGUGAUUGGUCAAACUUUACGUUCAUUCACACAAAGACAGUGUUUCCUAAAUGAGCUGCGAGUAAAAAAUUUUUUGAAAUGCUUAAAUAAUAAGACGCGAAGAAAUAUUAAGCAGAGUCAAACACAGUGGACAGAGGCGGAGAGUAAUAAUAGAUAGAAAUUACAGAGCACAUACUUGCACGAAUAUCAAUAUCUAAUAAUGACACUCUGGUACAAAGAUUUAUGACGAAUCGGAUUUAGUUCGUUUUUUCGUAUUCUGUAAAUAUCGCCGAUCACUUGAAUUAAGUUCAAUGCCUUUAUUUCGUCUUUUGAUACGUUGGAGCUACUGUACAUACAUACACAAAUUCAAUAACACAACGUAACAAACAAAAUAGAAGAACAACCAUUAAUAUUAUGUAGAAAGAAUGAUGUCUUACGAAAUAAAGUGCAGAUUAACAAAA